GAGCGCUUUACGGCAGCGCGCGCGACCUUUCGCGACAGCCGGCGGCGGAAGCGGCGGCCAUGGACGUGGGGGAGCUGCUCAGCUACCAGCCCAACAGGGGCACCAAACGGACCCGGGAGGACGAGGACGAGGAGCCGAAGCCGCGGCACAAGCCAGCCGGCACUCGGGAGCGGGCCCGUUACCGGGAGGAAGAGCCUCCGGCGGCCGAGGACUCCGAGGAUGACAAGAAGAAGCUUCUGCACAUCUUUGAACGAGGCGAGGAGGAGGAGGAAGAGGAGGAACCUCUGGACGAAAGCUCCGUGAAGAAGAUGAUCCUGACCUUUGAGAAGAGGUCUUACAAGAACCAGGAGCUCCGCAUCAAAUUCCCAGACAACCCAGAGAAAUUCAUGGAGUCCGAGCUGGACCUGAACGACAUCAUCCAGGAGAUGCACGUGGUGGCCACCAUGCCGGACCUCUACCACCUCCUGGUGGAACUCAACGCCGUGCACUCGCUCCUCGGGCUGCUGGGGCAUGACAACACCGAUGUCGCCAUUGCGGUGGUGGAUCUUCUGCAGGAGCUCACGGACAUUGACACCCUGCACGAAAGCGAGGAAGGGGCCGGGGUCCUCAUAGACGCCUUGGUGGACGGGCAGGUGGUAGCGUUGCUGGUGCAGAAUCUGGAGCGUCUGGAUGAAAGCGUGAAGGAAGAGGCCGACGGUGUUCAUAAUACUCUGGCUAUCAUUGAGAACAUGGCAGAGUUUCGGCUGGAGGUGUGCGCAGAUGCCGCCCAGCAGGGCCUCAUGCAGUGGCUUCUCAAGAGGUUGAAGGCCAAGAUGCCUUUUGAUGCCAACAAACUCUAUUGCAGCGAAGUGCUGGCCAUUCUCCUCCAGAACACAGACGACAACCGGGAGAUGCUGGGGGAGCUGGAUGGGAUCGACGUCCUGCUUCAGCAAUUGUCGGUCUUCAAGCGGCAUAACCCGGGCCCUGCGGAGGAGCAGGAGAUGAUGGAGAACCUCUUUGACGCGCUCUGCUCUUCGCUGAUGCUCAGCUCCAACCGAGACCGUUUCCUGAAGGGCGAAGGGCUGCAGCUGAUGAACCUCAUGCUCAGGUGAAGGACGGACGGACGGACGGACGGC